CACACCAUAUCUCUCACUCCAACAACGUCAACAACAUCAACAAUGUCAACAACCAUGUGGGUUUCACUUUGAACUCAUAACAUUUCACACACUACAACCUCCCACCAACAACUUGAGCAACCCAUUCUAUAUCCAGCCCAGCGGCUGCAUCCACGACCCCCCAUCCAUCGAUCCCCAUACCCCAACCAUGGACUUCGCCUCCCUCCUCAAAUCCCAAAUCUCCGCCUCCAAAUCCUCCUCCCAAUCCCCCGCCACCGGCCCUAACCAAAAGAAAUAUCUCAAGCGCUCUGAGCUCGAAGCGCAACGCGAAGCCGCCUACCUCGCCGAGCAAGAAGCGCUCGCUGCGGCCCGCGAAACGAAGCGCGUGGAGAAGCGGAAAUACGAGGAGGAUGAAGCGGAGAAGGCGAGGAUGAGGGAGGAGAAGCGGAGGAGGUUGGCAGAGGAGAGUCGUGUGGUGAGGGAAGAGGAGGAGAGAGAAAAGGAGAGAAAGAGGAGGAGAAGAUUGGGGUUGCCGGAGGUAGUGGUGGAGGAGAAGAAGGAGGAGGGAGAGAAAGAGGGGGAGAUGGAUGAGGAGGAGCUGGUGAAAGGGUUGAGGGAGAUGGGGGAGCCGGUGCGGUUGUUUGGGGAGGGGGAUCGGGCGCGGCGACUGCGGUAUAAGCGACUGACCGGGCAAAAAGUGGUGACGGUAUCAACUGGCCCGAUUCCAACGACAUUGAAGCUGGUGCCAGAAGCGGAGAUGAAAAUCGGGGAAACGAUGCCGACGGACCACGACGGGCGGCAGGUGGUAUACAGCCAGCUGGCGAGCUACUUCACGAUGGUGCUGAGCGAAUGGGAGGCGGCGCUGGGGGCGCGCGAGGCGGAGGUUCAGAAGAGCUUUCAGGGGAAGGCGGCGUAUUCGGCUAUGGUGCGGGCGCGGGAGGACAUGAAGCCAUUGUUUAAGCGGAUGGAGAAGAAGGAGUUGGAUGAUGGGAUCUUGGAGCCGAUUAUGGAGAUCGUGCGGUAUAUGCAGGCGCGGCGAUAUGUGGAUGCGAAUGACGCGUAUCUGCGGCUGAGCAUCGGCAAGGCCGCCUGGCCCAUCGGCGUCACCAUGGUCGGCAUCCACGAGCGUUCGGCCCGCGAGAAACUCCACGAGAGCGAUAAAACGGCGCACAUCAUGAGCGACGAGAUCACGAGAAAAUUCCUGCAGAGCAUCAAACGCUGCUUGACGUUUGCGCAGACGCGGUGGCCGCCAGACGAUCAGCUACAGUUGAUGGGCUGAGGAUCGCGUAUCGGUAUCGGCGAUCGGCAAAGGUCCUGCGUCCUGCGUCGGUUCAUCUACGUCAGAUUGUACUCGUGCUGGGUGGAGGUAGAUAGCGGCCAAGGUAGUGACGAAAUCGAAAUCGUACUUCGGUCUCCAUCCGUCCGAGAUUCGCAAGCAAUCACCCCAUCUCCCAUCUCCUACCUCCAUCUCAAACACCGCCUCAUAUCCCUCCCUCCCUCCCUCUCCUCCACACCAUUGCCCUCACCUCCCCACAACCAUCGCACCCCACCAACGCCUACAAAUCCACCGGUCCUUCUCCACCAACAGCUCGCUCCUCAACCUCACGGCGCACUCUUUCAGCCACCCGUUC